GCAUAUAGCACAACCACACCAUUCCUACCCAACACUAACCUGUGACCAAAGCUACUUGAUGCUCAUUUCACUGCAGUUCAUGGCGUUGCAACUUCGUCCUCACACACUGUGUUUCCAUUCCAAUUCCAGCACCGUUUAACCGCCACCAUCCACCCUCAACCAUCACCAAUGCCUUGUUCACUCUCCCUCUCACCCCUCUCUCUCUUCCCACCCCACAAAACCACUCCUUCUCCUCCAACUCGAAAACCUUAUCCACUUCACACUCUCUCUGUGAAAUCCUCCAUUAACAAGAACUCGGAAACCAGCACAAAACCCAGUUCAUGGGUUAGCCCAGAUUGGCUCACUUCACUCUCCAGGUCAUUGACCGCAGGGAAAAACGAUGAUUCUGGGAUUCCUAUAGCAAGUGCCAAGCUUGAUGAUGUUUCUGACCUUCUGGGUGGUGCGCUUUUUCUUCCUUUGUUCAAAUGGAUGAAGGAGUAUGGUCCCAUUUAUCGUCUAGCUGCUGGUCCUAGGAACUUUGUGGUGGUUAGUGACCCUGCCAUUGCCAAGCAUGUGCUCAAGAAUUAUGGGAAAUAUGGCAAGGGUCUUGUUGCUGAGGUUUCGGAGUUUCUGUUUGGGUCUGGUUUUGCUAUUGCUGAGGGUCCACUCUGGACGGCAAGGCGCAGGGCUGUGGUUCCAUCUCUUCACAAACGGUACUUGUCUGUUAUAGUGGAUAGGGUAUUUUGUAGAUGUGCUGAGAGAUUAGUGGAGAAGCUACAACCUGAUGCACUUAAUGGAACUGCAGUUAACAUGGAGGACAAGUUUUCACAGUUGACUCUUGAUGUUAUCGGUUUAUCUGUAUUCAACUAUGACUUUGACUCACUUAAUGCAGACAGUCCUGUUAUUGGUGCUGUUUACACUGCUUUAAAAGAGGCAGAGGCUCGUUCAACUGAUCUUUUGCCGUAUUGGCAGGUUGAAUUUCUACGUAAGAUAAUCCCAAGACAAAUAAAGGCUGAAAAUGCUGUUACCAUUAUCAGAAAAACUGUUGAAGAUCUUAUUGAGAAAUGUAAAGAGAUUGUAGAAUCUGAGGGUGAAAGAAUUGAUGGUGAUGAAUAUGUGAAUGACAGUGAUCCUAGUAUUCUCCGGUUCUUGCUGGCCAGCAGAGAAGAGGUUUCCAGUGAUCAACUAAGGGAUGAUCUUUUGUCGAUGUUAGUUGCUGGUCAUGAGACCACUGGUUCAGUGUUGACCUGGACACUUUAUCUACUAAGUAAGGAUUCUUCCUCAUUGGCAAAAGUACAAGAAGAGGUAGACAGAGUUUUACAAGGAAGGCGUCCUACCUUUGAAGAUAUGAAAAAUCUCAAGUUCUUGACACGCUGCAUUACUGAGUCACUCCGGCUAUAUCCACACCCCCCUGUAUUGAUAAGAAGAGCUCAAGUUCCUGAUGAACUUCCAGGUGCUUACAAAGUCAAUGCUGGUCAAGAUAUUAUGAUUUCAGUGUAUAACAUACAUCAUUCUUCUGAGGUUUGGGAUAGGGCUGAAGAGUUUUUGCCAGAAAGAUUUGAUUUGGAUGGUCCAAUGCCAAAUGAAACAAAUACAGAUUUCAGAUUCAUCCCAUUCAGUGGAGGGCCACGCAAGUGUGUUGGUGAUCAAUUUGCUUUAUUGGAAGCUACAGUUUCCCUUGCAAUCUUUCUACAGCACAUGAACUUUGAGCUGGUCCCUGAUCAGAAUAUUAGUAUGACCACAGGAGCAACAAUACAUACAACAAAUGGCUUGUACAUGAAACUGAGCCAACGGGUGAAAUAGUUAACUUCCAAUUCAUUUUCUUCAAAGAAGCUGUAAACUUGUCUAUAUCUCAGUCAUCAGUAUAUCAAAUUCUUAUGAUGAUUUUCUCAUUUUUGCUAGUUAAUGUAUCACAAGUUAUCUAGUAAAUAUGUAUAUGAUAGAAAUUAUUUUCAACAGUCAAAUCAUUUCCACAUUUUGUAAAGAAAUUUAAUUGAUUUACGAAGUGAAGAACUAGUGCAGAAUGCACAGAUAAAUUCCAGCUACAGAACUGUUCUCUAGUUAAAACCCAUAUGGACUAUCGAUCUCUAUUUUUCAA